AUGAAUUUAUACUUAGAAUAAGCGGCAGAAGAGAUUGAAUAGGCUAUUUCUGAUGCUGAUCAAUUGCUUGCCUUGAGCAAAGCUACUAUUCAGAAAUUUACAAAUUAUCUCAAGAGAAAAUAAUAAGAAAAAUUGGAUCGAAGAUUUCAUGUUAAUGCUACUAUGGAUGAAUCUAAUAGUAUGAAGUAAUUAGACAAACAAUAAUUGAACCAACUCAAAAUAUUAGAAUUCUUCAAUAAAGCUCAUAAGGAUAUCGAUAGAUAAUUAAGAGAAUUAAAGGAAAUGAUUCCCUCCAAUCCACAAACUUUCAUCAUAGAGGAUAUUAAUGAGCAAGACUACACAAACAAAUAAACAGAAUUAAAAUAAAUAUAAAAAGGAAACCCUUAAGAGACAAAGUAUUUUCCAAUUUUUAAACAAGCUUAAAAUGGAGGGCAAAAAAAUUAAAACUCCCUAAACCUCAAUUAACAUAACUAAAUAACGAAUUAACUAAAUAAUUAGCCAUAAUAAUCGCAAUAAAAUGUAUUAGUAUUUCAACAAUAAUAAAUGAACCAACAAUAAAAAGAAAACAAUUAAUUAAAAAUUCAAAGUGCUCCUCAAUUGGAUUUAUUAUGUGAUAAUUAAAAACCUAAAUUGAAAUAGACCAAAGAAAAUAAAGAUAAUAAGGAUUAAACCAUAACCUUUGGGCGAUUACAGAAGUUUUCUUAUUAAAAAUUAUUGUAUCCAAAAAAGGAUGAGGGAAGUUGUAUCUUCUGUGGCUUAGAAGCUAAUGACUUUAAUCUAGGUCCACUUUUAUAGAUUCCCUCUAACAGAAAUCUAAAUGAAAAAUUUGAUUUACAUGAAAUGUGUGGAUUGUGGAGUUAAAAUUUAGUGUUUUUCAACAAACAAGGAUAAUGCGAUCCUAGCAAUAUAGAUGAUGAAGUUGAUAAAUCAAAAUAGACUAAAUGCUUCUUGUGCAGUAGAACUGGAGCUACUGUGUGCUGUGCUGUAUGUCCAGAAGCAUUUCAUUUCACCUGUCUCAUGAAAAGUUCUUCAACAGGAAAAUUAGUGGAAAGUCAAUUCAAGAUCUUUUGUGACAUACAUAAAAAGAAGGCUAAUUAAAAUGAGAAAACUUCAAGCGAAGAAAAUAGUCAAAUUAAAAGACCCAAGAAGACUUGUUACAAACUUAAUCAAUCCAAAGCUCUCAUUAAAACAAGUCCAAAGAGAAGUCCAAGAAGAAGUCCCAAAAGAUUUAAAUCACCAUCGUCUAAAUAAAUAAAGAUUUCUAAAUGUAUCUUACCGAAAGAUGACUAAGAGGUACAUUAAAACAAUUUGUAAGAUUUGAUGUCUUAAUUACUAAAAUAAUACGAGACUACAUAACAAUAAAAUUCCUCAUUAAUUUAAGAAUCUGACUUGAAAUUGGAAGCAUGA